UCUCUCAGCUAUUUUCUCCUGGGCAUUUCCGAUCCUAGCCAUGGGGUCCCUGAGUUUAUCUCUGUUGGGUAUGUGGACUCGUACCCUAUCAUCACAUAUGACAGUGUCACUGGACAGAAGGAGCCACGGGCCCCACGGAUGGUAGAGAACCUGGCAUCAGAUCACUGUGAGAGGUACACUCAGUUUUUUUUAUGUUGGGACCCUUUUCCUACUAAAUUUCAUGUCCGAGGAAAAAGACUACGAGGGUACUUAGUGAAGAAAAUGAAUUGGGAAAUCCAGUUGCCAAAUUUGAAUGCUAGAUGCUUAGGUACCCAGGACAGUUGUACUUACAUUAUAUUCUUCUUCCUAGAACCUCCCCUGGUCAGACUGAAUCACAAAGAAACUUUUCCAAGGAUUGCAGCUCUCUUCUGCAGAGCUCCUGUCUUUUACCCUCCACAGAUUUCCAUAAUGUGGAUGAAAAAUGGGGAAGAAGUGGAGUAUGGAGAUAUUCUUCCCAGUGGGGUUGGAACCUACCAGACACGAGCUGGACCCUCAGGGCAGCAACCUCUACUCCUGUCACAUGGAGCACUCUGA